GAUUGAUUGUGUGAUUGGCUGUGAAGUGAAGGCAAACACAAACUGAUUGUCUGUUUAUUGAAAACUAGUUUUUAAAUCCAUUUAUUAAUUGAAAACUAAACACAAAAUGAAUAUCAAAUGCUAUUUAACGCCAAACGCGUUGAGAUUAGCGCUAAUCCUAUGUCUGACGCAAACGCUUGUCGUGGAGACGAUGGCCGCCGAAGAGGACACCAGCGGUUCCACAGCCGCCGACACUAACAGCCAAUCUGUGGACAAAAAGGUAAAGAAACUACAGAUCGGUGUGAAGAAGAGGGCCGACAACUGCGACCGCAAGAGCUCUAAGGGAGACAUUCUUCACAUCCACUAUCGGGGCACUUUGUAUGAGACGGGCGCCGAGUUUGACAGCUCCUACAAGAGAGGCCAGCCGUUGACGUUCACGUUAGGUAUGGGACAAGUGAUCGCCGGUUGGGAUCAGGGAUUGUUGGGUAUGUGUGCGGGAGAGAAGCGCAAACUCGUUAUACCGGCCGAUCUGGCCUAUGGCGCGGCCGGAGCGCCGCCCACUAUACCGGCGAACGCGCCGCUAGUGUUCGAAGUGGAGUGCGUGAAGAUCGAGAACCGUAAGGCCGAGCUCUGA